UGACGUCACCGGUUUGUUGACUCGCACGUGCGACGUGGCACUGCGUGACGUCAUCGGCGCGCGCCCGUGCUCCGCGGUGUUCUCGCUGUCCGUCGACUCCGGUUUUUAACGUUUACUCUCGGCUCGGUCGCGUCAGAGAGAAGAUGAUGGAAGAGAGCGGCAUAGAGAGCACCCCCCCGACCACACCUCCACCACCUCCACCCGCCACAGCGCCCGCCAGCGCAGUGUCCGGUCCUCAGACUCUCCCCAGCCCCCCCGGCGUCUCAGCCUUUCCUCCGGGAGGUUUCUCCAGCCCUGUCCCUCCUUUGACCUCCAUGCAGUCCUCUGGUCCUCCUCUGUCUCUGAGCAGUCCGUACGGGGGCCCCGCUCCGCCCCUGGGCCCUGUCCUCUCGGCCCCGCCCAUGGGCCCGCCCACCACCGGCUUCUCCGUGAGCGCAGGAUAUGACAUCACCCGUGGCCACGCGGGCCGCACCCCCCAGACGCCGCUGAUGCCCAGCUUCUCCAGCGCCUCACCCAUGCCAGGAAUCAUCACCAAUCCCAUGAUGCAGCAGCCGAUGUCCGGAGGUCUAGACGUCAGCUCGCCCAUCACGUUUCCAGAGGACACCGAAGACCCCAGAGCGUCUGUGGACGACAGCGCCCCCGGGGGAUUGUGGGGCUUCAUCAAGGGUGUGGCCGGGAACCCUAUGGUCAAGACCGUCCUGGACAGAACCAAACACUCUGUGGAGUCCAUGAUUACCACGCUGGACCCUGGGAUGGCUCCGUACAUCAAGUCCGGAGGAGAUGUGGACGUGGUUGUGACGUCAGAUAAGGAGGUGAAGGUGGCGGCAGUGCGGGACGCGUUUCAGGAAGUGUUUGGUUUGGCCAUGGUGACCGGAGAGGCCGGUCAGUCCAACAUCGCCCCGCAGCCGCUGGGAUACGCCGCAGGACUGAAGGGAGCUCAGGAGCGCAUUGACAGUCUGAGGCGAGCCGCCGUCAUUCAUGAGAAGCAGCCCGUGGUUUCUGUGGAAAACUUUAUCGCAGAACUCUUCCCAGACAAGUGGUUUGACAUCGGCUGUCUGAUCUUGGAUGAUCCAGGGAACGGGAUUCACCUGGAGACCUUCACUCAGGCUACACCUGUGGCCCUGGAGCACGUGCAGCAGGCUCAGGCGCUGACUCCUCCGGAUUAUAACCUGCGCUGGUCCGGUCUGCUGGUGACGGUCGGGGAGGUUCUGGAGAGAAGCGUGCCGAACAUCAGCCGCUCGGACUGGCACCAGGCCUUCACGGGCAUGUCCCGCCGUCAGAUGAUCUACUCCGCCGCUAAGGCCCUGGCAGGGAUGUACAAACAGCGCUUGCCGUCCAGGACAGUGUGAACGUGACACGGACCACAGCUUCCCAGAAUCCCACCGGACCCGCGCUCCAUCUCAGUCCCUGAGCCCGCUCUAAACGCCAAAACAAACCGAGCGGAUCUGAACUAAACCAGUCACAGGCUAGAAUAACUCUAACUAUUAAAUUAUUGGUUGAAUUGAAUAUUACAUUGAGUUUGAGCGAUAUUAAUAAUUGACCCCCAGUCGUUUGCUCUCCUUCAGAUGAUCAGAGCUCAUCCGGGGAAAGGUGGUGUUUACAUUCACGAUCCAAUAUUUUUUAAUCAAACUGAGGUUCAUAUCGAUAUUGUGAAUAUAUAAUUUUGAUGUUACGGUUUUGGAUCCUAUUUUAUAUGGUUUCAGCGUAAUCCUCAAGCAUUGUUAGAGCGCUGUUUGUCUGCAUGUCCGUGUCUUCUUCUGCUGUCGAUCACCAGCUCUGUGUCUGUAGAUGUGAGGCAGACGAGCGUCGGCGAUGAAGAGCAGCAGGAUCACGGCUGCAGGAGCUUGACCUCGGAUGAUCAGCACAUUCUCUGUUUGAUGACAAAUCUAGAACUGCCUUUAAAAGUGUCUUCAAAUGUUUGUAAGAUUUCUCCAGAACAACUGUGGAUGAUUUUAUUCCAUAGCAUUUUACAAACGUGCCUUUGACCAGCAAAAGAGUAAAACCUUUUUGUAUAGCAUCAUGUUUUUCUGUUGUGUUUCUGGCAUGUGGUCCGUGUCUUGAGGAAGCGCUCAUCAUAAGAGUUUUGGGGGAACCCACCUCAAACUGUUGUGCUGAAAUGUCAUGUAAUUUUUUGUGGCCAAUGAGAGAACAGUUUUACCAACCGACAACGAUGAGAGGUGCGUUACAUGACAAGUACGUCUUUGCAUCAGAAAUGAUGGCUUCGUUGGAGAAUGAGCUGCACGUCAGUGCUAUCAGUUCUCCAGAACCCAAAGUCGAAGCGCUGACCCAAAUCUGGACGAACUGGUAGGUUUUUGCAGCGCUUCCUUUAGUUCAAAUGAUUGUUGGCGUUCUAGAGACACAAGCCUUGUUUUUUUUUAAGAGCUCAGAAUAGUUACGAAUAAAGUGAUGCCAACCACCAA